AACUCUGAUUUUCUCUCUUUAAAUUUUUUUAUUUUAUAUCUAAACAAUCAUAUAUAUCAUAUCAUAUAUAUCUCAUGUACUACCACCUCUCUCUCUCCUUUCCUUUUCCCACUCCAAAUUCUGUCACCUCUGAUCACUCCACCCCCUGCAAGAUCCUUCUCAUCAUCUAACAUGGCUGCAGUGAGAUUAUCGUCUACUCAUCAUCGCCUUUUUUAAAAUCAUCCAACAAAUCAAAACCAACCAGACCUCUCUUAUGUCUUGCAAUGGGAUGGCCUUCUUCCCAACAAAUUUCAUGCAUCAAACCCCUCCUCCUGAUCAUCAAGAUCACCAUCAACCCCCUCUCCACACUCUUCUCACCUCCUGCACUUCCCAAGACUUUCAUGGGGUGGCGUCGUUUUUAGGGAAGAGAUCCAUGUCGUUUUCUGGGAUCGAGGUGUGCGAGGAGGGAAAUGGGGAAGAUGAGUUGUCUGAUGAUGGAUCACAGGCGGGAGAGAAGAAGAGGAGAUUGAACAUGGAACAGGUGAAAACACUUGAGAAGAACUUUGAGUUGGGUAAUAAGCUUGAGCCUGAGAGAAAAAUGCAGCUGGCUAGGGCUCUUGGUCUGCAACCUAGACAGAUUGCUAUCUGGUUUCAAAACAGGAGAGCUCGAUGGAAGACCAAGCAGCUCGAGAAAGAUUAUGAUCUUCUCAAGAGACAGUAUGAAGCUAUCAAAGCAGAUAAUGAUGCUCUCCAAGCUCAAAACCAAAAGCUCCAUGCAGAGAUAAUGGCACUGAAAAGCAGAGAACCAGCUGAGUCAAUAAACCUGAAUAAAGAAACAGAAGGAUCUUGCAGCAACAGAAGUGAAAACAGCUCUGAUAUAAAAUUAGAUAUUUCAAGGACGCCAGCCAUUGACAGCCCUUUGCCUACCCAUCAUCAUCAUCAUCAUCAUCAACCAAUUACCAGCAGAGCUCUGUUUCCUACAUCAUCAUCAAUAAGGCCAACGACACAGCUGUUUCAGAACUCAUCGUCAUCAUCAAGACCUGAUAAUCAUCUGCACCAGAAGAUGGAGCAGAUGGUGAAAGAGGAGAGUCUCACCAACAUGUUCUGCACCAUUGAUGAUCAGUCUGGAUUUUGGCCAUGGCUUGAGCAACAACAUUUCAAUUGAUGAUCAUAUUAUUAUCAUUAUUGGCAAAAAAAAAAAAAAGAAGAAGUUUCAAAACGAGGGUAAAAACUAAUUAACAAUAUUCAGAAAAAAAGUAUUCCCUUUCCCCAUGUUUUGGUACUUGUGUUAUUAUUACUACUAUUACUAUUUUGGAGUGGUGUAUAAAGUAGAAUUAUAUAUGAUUAUGAUGAUGAUCAAGUUGAAUUUUCAUGAGAGAUUGAGAAGAGGAAUAAAGGGUAUCUAUCUUUUUUUGAGCUAUA